AUAUAGUUGUCGACGACUUUUGAAUACAUUCAUUAUUGACAAGUAACCUUCAAAUUGAGAAAAUCUGUUUCACGUGUCUAUGUGUUUUUACGGGACGUUAUAUUAAGAAACAUUUUAAAACUUUGUAAAUGUCGUCUCACGGGAAGAGAAAUAAAAAGCGAAUACUAACGAGGCGACCUCGACAUGUUAUUGGCAAAGAAGAAAGAUAUCGUCAAGAAAGGGAUAAAUCGGAUAAGGAAGAUGAGGUAUUCGACUGUUUUUUCCCUAUCGCUAUGUGGGAUCUUGAGCAUUGCGAUCCUAAAAAGUGUUCCGGUAGAAAAUUGGUUAGACAUGGUUUAGUGAAAAUAUUAAGGUUAGGAGCUCGAUUUUCCGGAUUAGUUCUUACUCCAAUUGGUCAAAAGUGUGUUAGUCCAACAGAUCGAGAUAUCGUACAAAAUUAUGGUUGUGCAGUCGUCGAUUGUAGUUGGGCACGUUUGGAAGAUACUCCAUUUAGUAGAAUGAGAACUCCCAAUCCUCGUCUUUUACCGUUUCUAGUUGCUGCGAAUCCAAUAAAUUAUGGCAAACCUUGUCAGUUAAGUUGCGUAGAAGCUAUAGCUGCUACUUUAAUUAUAACAGGUUUUCCCGAGGAAGCAAAGUUUUACCUCGGAAAAUUUUCCUGGGGCCACUCGUUUUUAAAAUUAAAUGACGAAUUAUUAAAAAAAUAUUCACUUUGUACAAGUGCGGAAGAAAUUAUAUCAACGCAAGAAAAAUUCCUUAUAGACGCGAAAGAAGAGAAAUUGAAUAGACAUGUAGUUCCAGAUUUUCCACCAACGGAUUCAGAAACAGAAGAAGAAGAAGAAGAAGAAAAAAAAGAAGAAAAAGAAGAAGAAGAAUGGCGGAGCGUGUGUCGAGAGUGCAUGUCAGUUGCACAGCUGAUAUCAAGGUGA